GCUAGUGCCGUGCCUCAUCGCCGAAGAGCGGCGGAUGUCCUGAUGACGUGUCCAGCCUCGUGCCUGGGCCGAGGAGACCGGGGCAGCUGUUCGAGUUGGCUUCUCCUGGAGCAUCGCGCAAAACAGAGGGCUACGUGGAACUGCCCUAGACAUUUCGACCGACGAUGGUGGAGAAAUCCAAGGAUCCUCGCACUGUUCCUGCUGCAGUGCAGGGCGUUCGAGUUUUGGUAUCCCUUCAACCAGGAGGAGGCAGUCGGUGCUGUCAGCGAGUGUGAGGACAGCAGGUGUACGGAGUCUACAACAUCCACGACUCCGGCAAGCGUGUCUUCGAAAGUCGAUUUCCGGGCGGUGCCCUUGGUGGUGCCACAAAACGCUUAUGCUGAUGAGGACGGCUGCUGGCGCAUACCCGCUGGAGGUCGGGGAGAUUUGCAGCUGCAUCCAGAUGGCGUCGCAGUCCUGAUGUCGUCGGGUUGUGAAGGCGGUUGGGCAACUGUCAGCUGGAACGGGCACGCUCGUUGUGGCAAAUCCUUCAUGGCCAGCGAGUGUACGACGCUGGAUGAGAGCGUCGAUCGCAACUUCGAGGCUCACUUCACUCUGGGACACUCCAUGGACUCUUGCUCCAAGGGGAUCUUCGUAAGUGCUCGCCCUCUACGUCAUCCCAAGAUGCCGGACGUUUGCAUCUUGCAGAUGGAUGCAGAAGGCUUGAAUGCCUUUGGGCGCGAGUCCACGCUGCAGUCGGACGCAGACUUGGCCCUCUUCACCUACUUGACGAGCUCGGUCUGGACAUUCUCCAGCAAGGGCGCUUUCGAUGCCCACUCCCUUGAUCUGCUCCAGAUCGUCACUCGCCUGGCGGAAAACAUCGACGUGGGAGAGAAGCUUGUGCAUGGACCUGCUUUGCAUUGGCUGCUUCAGGCUGUCCACCUUCAGCCGACGCUGAAUGGACGCUCGGUGUCUGUGCAAGAUUACUUCGACAGCAUGCUGCGCAGCUAUGACGACCCUUUGAAGAUUAAAGGGCGCGAAGACAAAGAUGCAGCCCGCCGCAAAAAUGAAGUUCGAGAGACUCUGAGACGAAAUUUUGAAGAGCUGAAGGUCACGGCCUUUCCACCUCUCACCGGUGAUGAGCAGCUGCUUCGCAAACUCCCUGAAGUGCCCAGAAACGGCGCAGGCGUGAACCCAGACUUCGUUCAGACUCUGGACCUCUUCAAGGCGUCUCUCCUCGCCACCGCAAAACCAAAGAAGCUUCAGAGAGAUCACAAGAUGAUCACGGCCCAAGGCCCAAUACUCGUGGCUUUCAUGAACAAGACGCUAGAGUACAUCAACAUUCACAAGCCGAUGCCAGUCUUCAACGUUGUGGAUGAUUUGAUCAAUCGGCAGAUUGAUGAUGCAAGAAAGGCAACAGUUGCGGGGUGGAGAGACUGCAUGCACUCCCAGCUGGCGGCACAGAAAAAGAAGCACAAGCAGCAGAGGAUGGAGAAGCUGAGGAGCCUGGCAGAGGUCGAGCAGGUGGGAUUGCCGUACUGGUCCCCUCAUCUGCGAAGCAACGUCUCGGGCUACAUCAGGGAAGCUCAGGUGCCACACGAGAGUAGCAGUGUGUCCUUCUGGCAUCCAGGCUGCUACCGAACCAGCUUGGCCAGGGCCUUAGAACCCUUGAACGAGGAGUCGCACAAUGUACAAGAGCAACUGGUGGCCAGGGUUGAGAAGCAGCUGGGCGUAGGUCGACAUGCGGAUGCCACCAGCAGCGAAUUCGCAACACUGCAGGAGGCAAACCGGGUGACAGCGGACACUUACAACCUCAUGUUGCUUGAGUAUCUGUGGGACGCGCACCUGAGUCAUCUUCGCAAGUCUUUCCAUUCCGUCACAGCGGAAGACUUUAAGGUCAUGAUGAAGGUUGUCGAAAGCGCGUAUGGCAGUCUGUCUGCUGGCCCUGGAAGCAGUGAGCUGUUCUUCAGCCAGAAAACCAAGUUCAUGAUGCAAGCUGAGGCUUUCGUUAGUUUCGGGGAGACACUGCGGCAGAUGGAACAGCAACAUGACGAGAAGUUGAAAGCGGUCAUGGACAGGAUUGAUACAUACAAAUCCGAGCUGUCACGCCUGCAGAGCGAGUUUGACAGUAUCAAUGCAGAAAGAGGCCGCUUGCAGCGUGAGAUGGAUUUGCAGAGGGAUCAAUAUGAGAGCACAGUGUCAGUCCUGCAGCAAAGGCUUGAAGCCACGCAAGAAGCCAGCGCGAGCUUGAAUCAGAGCCAGUGGCAACUGCGUGAACAGAUGGCCGCCCGCCAGAAAGAGUAUGAGGAAGAACUCAGUAACACUCAGGCGCAGUAUGACAAACGGCUACAGCAGCAGGAGCAAGAGCAAAAGCGUCUUGCCAGUCAGGUACAAGGGAAAGACUCCGAGCUAAAAAAUUUGGAGCAGCGUAUGGAAGAGGCCGCUACUGCGAAUGUGCAAUUGCGGGCGGCACUGCGACAUCUUCAGGAGCAAGAGUGUGGGACCAGAACCGUAUUGGCAUGCACUGGUCGAAACUACGAGGGUAACUGCCAACCCCUUCGUGUCUCUUUCUGGUCUCACUGCUCUCUGAUAAAUGCAGGGUUGCCAGACAAUUCCAUUAAGUCUGCCAGGAUUCCACCAGGCUGCCACUUUGCCGUGUGGAGCGGCCAAGGCCACACCGGGGCUGAGGCCACAUUUACCGAGGACGUGCCGGACAUCAACUUGUCCGGCGGCGUCUCGAGUGCACGUGUGUAUUAG